UCAAUUCGACCUUGUCAUGGCGGAUGUCAACAUGCCACAAAUGGACUGCUUUGAGUUCAUUAAGUCCACUCAACUCAUCAAAGACAUACCUAUUGUUUGUAAGACCAUAAUUUCUCAAAUUCUCAAUUAUGAGACUCUUGAAUAGUGCCAAUUUUUUGUUUUUGUUUUUGUUUUUGGAUACCUCAUUUGAAAUUUGUUUCUCAUAUUUCAUUUGUAUUUAGUAAUGUCAUCAACUGUGAAGAGGAAAAUGGUGGAAGAAGCAAAGGACCAAGGGGUACAUUUCAUUCUGACGAAGCCAAUUUCAACAAAGAAACUCAAGAAUGUUUGGCAACAUGUGUAUAUAAACCAAAUAGAAUCAAGUCAAAAAUCAGAACACAAGGCUAAUAAUCCAAUUGAAGUAAUGGACAGUACACCUUCUGCUAAUAAGAAAAUCCAAGACAGAAAAGGCAAAAACGUAGUGAAUCCUUCAGAGACUUGUCAAGAUCGAAAAGUUGGUUCAUUACUAGAAAAAGAUGAGGCAGAAGGGUCUAGGAGAAUGAGAAGUACUGAUGAGGAGAAAAAACGUAAAAGUUCUGAUCCAGAAGAAGAAAAGGAUCAUUCUUUGGUUUCACAAAUUGCUACGGAAGGACAAAAGAAGAAAAGGCACCGCAUGGAAUGGACACCAGAUCUUGAAAAUAAAUUCGAGAAGGCCCUUCGCAACUUAGGAGAAAAAGGUAUGUGUAUAAAGGACUUAGUUGCUAUCACAGCACAAACCAGGAAAAAAUGAUGUGUAUUUAAGCAAGCUUUCUUUUGAAUAUACUUUAUUUAACUACCAAAUCCUCAUCUUUUAUCGAUUUAGCCCGUCCCAAACUCAUUCUGCAGCUGAUGAAUGUGCCAAAUUUGACUUGGAGACAGGUUGCAAACCAUCUGCAGAAAUACAGACUCCAAAGACGACAAGCUCAACAUAUUCAGCCAGCCACUUCUUCUAUCGCUAACCAAUAUCAAAUCAUAUCGCAAACUCCAUCUCCUCUAGUUCCAAUAAGUCAUGGAGAAAAACAACAUUUGAAUAUUGAAAGUACAAUUGGGAACUUCAGUUCUGUGUCCCAGAUGUUGGAUUUUCCGGACAAUGGACAUCAUUUCAAUAUGCGUAAUCACUUUGCGGACAAUGGACAUCAUUUCAAUGUAGGGAAUUCAAACGACUUCCCUAUGAGCUUCAAUGAACCACUUCAAGAAGCAUACUUACCUCAACCACCUGCGGUUCCUUCUUUAGUUCCAUCGAAUGAUCUCUUCACAGGGUUGAAUGGUUGGAACCAAGAGCCAAAACUCAACAACUUCACUGACGAAAUAAUGACAGAAAAUCAGACCAGCACUCAUGUGAAUUCAAACGAGUUCUCUAUGGACUUCAAUGAACAACUUCAAGAAGCCUACUUACCUCAACCACCUGCAGUUCCUUCUUUAGCUCCACCGAAUGAUCUCUUCACAGGGUUGAAUGGUUGUAACCAUGACCAAGAAUUCGACAAUUUCAUUGCCGAAAUGAUGACAGAAAAUCAGAUCGACACUUAUUACCGUUGGCCUUCAAUGAAUCCACAAGAUCAGUUUCAAUAUAACAAAAAACAAUGA